AUGCUUGAGAGUGGAGGAUAAGCUGCAAGCGUCUGGGACCGCUGGAAUGGAGGCCUGAUGUAGAUGGAAAGAUGGACGCCGAAGAAGCUCUGAACUCUAUUAUGAAGGAUCUGGCAGCGCUGGGCAAGUGCGGAGGGCUGCUGGACAACAACAGGAAUAAAAACAGUGUCCACUCCGGCAAACAGCAGCGAAACAUCAGGAUCAAGUUUGAAUAUGAGGGAGAGAAAAGGAUUAUCCAGUUUCCAAGACCAGUCAAGUUCAAAGAUGUGGUGCAGAAAGUCACAGAUGCUUUUGGACAGACGAUGGACCUGGUGUGCGUGAAUAACGAGCUCCUGAUCCCGCUGAAAUCCCAGGAAGAUUUGGACAAAGCGAUGGAGCUCUUGGAGCUCAGCCCUUCCCUGAAGAGCCUGCGGAUCCUUGUGAGCGCUCCAAAGAAAGCCAACCUCCUGCAGCCCAACAACAGCAAACAGCACGAAAUGAGGAUCUCCAGGUCCAUGGGCGACAUCAUGGGAUCCCUGUACAAAGACUCCGAGAGGACGCGGAAAUACUCCACAGGCUCCCUGCACACCGGGCGCAGCUCCCCGCCGCCGGGCAGCGUCCCCGAGGAGCAGCAGCAGAUCGCCCGCCAGGGAUCCUACACCAGCAUCAACAGCGAGGGCGAGUUCAUCCCCGAGACCAUGGACCAGAACAUGCUCGAAGCUUUCAUCAGCCCUGAGGAUUCGCUGUCCGGGAGCUGCCAGUCACUGGACAGGUCCGUGGACAGCCCUCCUUUCACCCAAACCCCUGUUCCUGGAAGGAAGAGCCAUCCCAAGGACAGUCUCGAUUGCCUGGAUUUCGACGUCCCGUUCUGCGAGAGGUUUGGGAAAGGCGGGACCUUCCCUCGGCAGUACCACCUCUCCCAAAGCCGCAAGGACUACAGCGAUGGCCGCAGGACCUUCCCCAGGAGCUAUUUCCCGCAGGAGAACCUCUUCCAGCUCGUCCCUUCUAGCCGCACCAAGAGCUUCAACGGGGACGGCAAGCUGAGCGCCCAGCAGCACAGCGAGUACCGGCCCAAGUGGUGGAGCACGUGUGAGAAAGGCCUGCAGGUGUUCAGCACCUCCCCUCCUAAAGCGAGGAACUCCCUGCAGGCACCCGUGAACUGGAGGCUGGGGAAGCUGCUUGGAAGAGGAGCUUUUGGGGAAGUUUAUCUGUGCUACGACGCUGACACCGGCCGGGAGCUCUCAGUGAAGCAGGUGCCUUUCGACCCCGACAGUCAGGAGACGAGUAAGGAGGUCAAUGCCUUGGAAUGUGAGAUCCAGCUGCUGAAGACUCUGCGGCACGACAGGAUAGUGCAGUACUACGGGUGCUUGCGGGACCCCGAGGAGAGGAAGCUGUCCAUCUUUGUGGAGUACAUGCCAGGGGGUUCCAUAAAGGAUCAGCUCAAAGCGUAUGGGGCCCUGACCGAGAACGUCACGCGCAAGUACACCAGGCAGAUCCUGCAGGGAGUCUUCUACUUGCACAGCAACAUGAUUGUCCACAGAGACAUUAAAGGUGCCAAUAUUUUGCGAGAUUCUGCUGGAAAUGUGAAACUUGGAGAUUUUGGAGCCAGCAAGCGCAUCCAGACCAUCUGCAUGUCUGGGACGGGGAUUAAAUCUGUCACGGGAACACCGUACUGGAUGAGCCCAGAGGUCAUCAGUGGAGAAGGCUACGGAAGGAAAGCUGAUGUGUGGCAGAUCUUUGUGGAGGAGAAGCGGCGGCCCACGGCCGAGGACCUGCUGCGACACCCCUUCGUCAACUGUGGGCUCUAG